CCUCAUAAACAUUAGAACAAACCACUAGACGUCAAGAUGACGGAACUGAAGCAUUCAAAACCUCCUUCAAGCGGCACGGCAGGCUUCUUCCAGGUACCUCCGGCACUUGUUCCUUCCUUUGAAGAGGAUUCAACGCUGCAGAGGAUCUUCAAAUUCUACCUUCCUUCCUCAACGCAACAGAGUGUUGCUCCCGAUCUCGAACGAUUCAGUAAACUAGUUUUAACUCCCCGAAUUCGAGCAUGGGGUGCAGACGCAGAGCGUAAUACGCCAUAUGUGAAGCAGUACGAUGACUUCGGCAACCGUAUUGAUGAAUUGGUCACAUCUGCCGGCUGGCAAGAACUCCAGAAGCUUGGUAUCCAAGAAGGGAUUGUUGCCAUUGGCCACGAUGCGGCACAUGGUCGGCAUGCGAGAGUAUACCAGUUCGUGAAGUACCACAUAUGGGAUCCAUGGAACGCUGGUGUCACAUGCCCCAGUGCUAUGACUGACGGAGCAGCAAGAUUGUUGACGCUGCAGCUUCAGAAGGCAGACUUGGGAAAGCAGGAAAGAAUCGUCUUUGAAGAUGCCCGUAAUAGACUGAUCAGCAGAGAUCCAGCGAUUGCCUGGACAAGCGGCCAAUGGAUGACUGAACGACCGGGUGGAAGUGAUGUGCGGAACACCGAGACGCAAGCAUCCAUAGCCGCUGAGCAGGGGGGCCAGGACCAUGUUGGCAAUCCUCUUGGACCAAUGGCAAUCUCCGGGUUCAAGUGGUUUUCGUCUGCGACAGACGCUGACAGCACCGUCCUUCUCGCAACAGAGCCAUCGGGUUCAAUCUCUGCCUUCUUCGCACCCACCAAACGGCGCUUGGAGUAUGCAGUUCCGGAGCACAAACCGAACGCGAAGCUGAAUGGCAUCCAAAUUCAACGCCUGAAAUCCAAACUUGGCACUCGCGCACUGCCCACAGCCGAACUUAUUCUCGACAACAUGCGAGCGUACCGGUUCGGCAAGCCAGGGCAAGGAACGAAGGAGAUUAGCACAGUCCUCAACAUCACCCGUCUGCACAAUGCAGUCUCAGCCGUUGGAGAUCUGGGGCGAGGUCUUGCUAUCUCCAGAGCAUUUGCACAGGUGCGCAGUGUUCGGAAUAAACUCCUCAUGGAUACGCCUGUCCAUAUCAGAACUAUGGCAGAGGAUCAUAUCACCUACCGUGCUAUGAUGCAUUUGGCAUUCUACACAGCCGCACUGCUCGGCCAAUCCGAGAGGCCUGAGCAUGCUUCAACUUCUGCUCCACAAGAUCAAUCGGCGCUCGAAGCUGCUGGACUAUUGAAGCCUCAGCUCCUGAGGCUCUGUACGCCGCUGGCCAAGAUGUUGACCGCAAAGGCCGCCAUUCAUGGACUGCAAGAGUGUAUGGAGAACCUCGGCGGAGUCGGUUACUUGGAGAAUGAGGAUCCGGCUCUCAAUGUUGCUCGCAUAUUCCGGAAUGCCAAUGUGUUGAGCAUCUGGGAAGGAACGACGAACAUUCAAGCAGAUGAUGUCUUGCGAAUCGUCAAAGGACCAGGCGGAGCCGAAGUUUUGAGUGCACUCCAAGGUGUCGUGAGCAACGCAGCGAAGAGAUGGGAAGGCGCUGGACCAGCUCAGUGGGCACGGAGCUUGGAAAAAGUCUGGAAAAAUGUUCAGAACGGUAUUCAGACACGAAGCCGGGACCAGCUGGCGUUGGAUGGCAGAGCGCUGUGUCAAGAUCUUGGAUGGGUCAUAUGCACUUUGCUGCUGGCGGAAGAUGCUUUGAGCGAUGGCGAUGAAGUCUCUGCUGAGAUUUGCGACAGGUGGAUACGGAGACGCAUCGAAGGCAGUCAUUUUGGCAGGGUGAUGUCCGCGAAAGAGGUGGAAAUCGAUAAAGCCAUCGUCUUCGGCGACUCGGCAGCGGUCAAGCAUAGUGCAAGAUUGUGAGGCAUGGAGGCGAAUGUUUGAUCAAACGAUCGACUUUAGCCAGUCAACUCCCAAUUAUUCGGCAGCACUUUUGCCAGCAGUGAGCCGAGACAUCCGCGAUACCCGCUCAUGAGUAGGGCUUGCUCCGACAGGUUGUGUUUCUGGAGGACAACUGCGGCAAGAUACGCUAUCGCAGCAUGAUUGCAAGUCUUGACAACAAAGAACUCAAGAAACCGCUCACCAGCACAGGUUGCACUUGUGCCAUCUGUGCGACAAAACAAGCGAGCGAUUGGCUGUCGAUGCGUGGUUCGGAAGACUCACACGCGCGAUCAGGAUUAUCCGUAACUUCUUCUGUUGUAUGUUCUUCUGUACUGAAAACGUAGCAUCAUACAGGAAGCAUCAAUGAUCGAGCAGAGAUCUCGAUACAGAGGCUCGUAUCUCAGCGGGUGGCACGGCAUCUUGC